AUGGGGAAAGUGUUCAAGAAAAAACAAAGCGUUGAUGCCGCGGUAGAAGCUAAGCGAGCUUUGAAGCGAAAAGCUGAUGAAGAACAUAAACAAGAGGAAGAAGCCGAAGAGGAAAUAAGUGAACAAUCUGUGGAUUCUGAAGAAGUUGUUGAUCAGCAUGAUAUUGAGGAUGAGGAUGAAGAUUUUGACGACGAAGAGCUUGAAGAUGAAGACAACGAUGACGAAGAAGAAGACGAUGACGACGACGAUGACGAUGACGACAACGAAGGAGAAGAAAAUGAAGAAGAAGAUGAUGAUGAUGAUGAUGGCGACGAAGAACGCAAAGAGUUCAGUGAUUUUGAUAUUGAAGCCUUUCCAUUGGAAGAGAAAGACAAAGAAGGAUUGAUCGACAUGCUAACUCAAAUUUUCUUACGCACUAAUAUAGAUUGUAAUUCUAUAGUCGAUGAAAUGAUUAGAAUAUCCCCUUUCGGAAAUGUGUUAGGACCUGCUGAAGAGGAGACAGUCGAAGAUACAGCGAACCUAGUUUUCUCUGUUGUUACUUGUUUAGACUUAGAUUUCAGAAAGGUACCUGCUGAUUUUGCUAAAAGCAUAUACGAGUUUGUUAUGGAUAAGGCCAAUUUGAAGGCAGUGACCGAAGUUCGUACCGCUUUGACUGAGUUGGGAAAAGAAAGAUUCGGGUUUUUAAUUAACGAGAGAUUGCUCGACUUUCCAACUCAAGCAGUACGACAAUGCUUCGAUAGUUUGAAAAUUGACCUCGCUGGAAUGCAAAAGCCUUUCGAUAAAGUACUCUAUAUCCAUAAAAUUCGAUACGUUGAUGGAGAGAAAGGCAAAGUUCCAUCAGUCCCCGCUGCUAAAAAAAAGAAACUCGGGAAGGCUGCUAAGAAGAGACUUGCGGCUGAUGUUUUGGCGAGCUCGCGUCUAGUGUUUGAUUGUCCAGAAGACGAAGAUCUUUACAAUUUAAAAGAGGGCUCUGUUACUUUCUUCGAUUAUCCUGUCUUUGGAGAUGUAGAGACUGGAAGUAAAUUCCAUAUUAUUGAAAAAGAUGGAGAGAAGUUGAAGCCUUUCCGCCGAGCAGUGAUAAUGGAUAAGAAGCGGUUCAAUGCUUUUAUCAACCAUGUUGCAAAAACAAGUUAUUGA